CUGUGUGUGUGUUUGUUUGUGACGCGAUGAUAAAAUUUGGGUGGUGUAGUUUACAUUUGAUUGUGAUGGCUGUGAUGAUGGUAUGAUGUUCAAUCAAUUCCGUUAUCGAUUCAUAAAUUUGUAAACGUCACUCAUUAAUUGAAUUUUAUUAUCAAACGGAAUUGCUCGAAUUAUUUUUUUUGCUUGUUUUUGUUUUUCUUUUUCUUUUGGAUCCUCAUAAAUGGACAGUGAAGGCAGAAAAAUUAUCGUCUGCGAUAAUGGGACCGGUUUUGUUAAAUGUGGUUAUGCUGGUUCAAAUUUUCCAAAACAUACAUUCCCAUCUGUAGUAGGACGACCAAUUAUUCGUGCUGCCCAACGUAUCGAUGAUAUUGAGAUCAAGCAUAAUAAGGAGGAAAUUAUAGAAUCUGAUCUUAUGGUCGGUGAUGAAGCGAAUAAACUUCGUUCAUAUCUUGAAUUAUCAUAUCCAAUGGAGAAUGGUAUCGUUCGAAAUUGGGAUGAUAUGUGCCACGUAUGGGAUCAUACAUUCUAUGAUAUGCUUCAGAUUGAUCCUAAAAAUAGUCGAAUUUUACUGACCGAACCACCAUUGAAUCCGAUUAAUAAUCGUAAAAAAAUGAUCGAAAUGAUGUUUGAAAAAUAUCAAUUUCAUUCAGCAUACAUUGCCAUACAAGCCGUUCUUACAUUAUAUGCACAAGGAUUGAUGACUGGUGUUGUUGUCGAUAUUGGCGAUGGUGUUACACAUAUUUGCCCGGUUUAUCAAGGAUUUGCUAUGCCUCAUCUUACCAGAAGAUUAGAUGUGGCCGGCCGAGAAGUGACACGAUAUUUAAUCAAGUUAUUAUUGUUACGUGGCUAUGCAUUUAAUCAUACGGCUGAUUUUGAAACGGUUCGAAUGUUGAAAGAAAAAAUGUGCUAUAUUGCCUAUAAUUGUGAACAGGAACAAAAACUAGCCGAAGAAACUACCUAUCUGACCGAAACGUAUACGUUAAAUGAUGGUCGUAUAAUUAAAUUAAGUGGUGAACGAUUUGAAGCACCAGAAGCUUUAUUUCAACCACAUUUGGUCAAUAUCGAAGGCCAAGGUAUUUCGGAAUUAUUAUUCAAUACGAUCAAUAGUGCAGAUCUAGAUCUACGUAGUGAAUUAUAUAAACACAUUGUUCUUAGUGGUGGUUCAACAAUGUAUCCAGGACUACCAUCACGAUUAGAACGUGAAAUUAAACAAUUAUAUCUAGAACGCAUACUAAAAGGUGAUGGUCAAAAAUUACAAAAAUUCAAAAUUCGUGUUGAAGAUCCACCAAGGCGUAAAGAUAUGGUAUUUAUUGGUGGUGCCGUAUUAGCCGAUGUUAUGAAAGAUCAUCCACAAUUUUGGAUCACUCGGCAACAAUAUGAAGAGAUGGGUAUUGAUCAUAUUAUACGUUUACAAUCUAAUAAUGUUGCUUCAUCAUCUGCAUCCGUGUCAGCAUCAUCGUAGUCAUUUGCAUCCACAAUCAAUAUUCGAUAAAAUAUAUAUUUUUAUUUAUUUAAGAAUGAAAAAAAAAGUUUGUAUUAUUAUUACAAGAAAGAAAAUAACAAACAAGCUGGAAGAAUGAUAUCCACAAUAACAAUCCAUGAUCAUCAAUUUUUAAAUUUGAAACAUUAAACAUAACACAUAAAAAUUGGAAACUGAAAAUGUUAUUCCUAUA